AUGGAACUGUCACACGACGGGAAAUGUUACAAAUUGAUUACAGUUUCAUCAGACAUAAGCUCAAUUUGCGAAGCAGAUUUUAAAGAUAGCGGUACACUGUAUGCUGGUUAUAUCAUCGAUUGUCGAACUGCUAAAGCAGAGGAUAUUAUAAUCAAAUUAGCAAAUUUUUGUCAGUUGAUUAAGAACCCCAAAGUUUCGUUCGCCUGGUUAAACUGUACUUUUUCAAAGUUUCUCGAGAUAAAGGAGCGACUGACAAAGCUUUUGAAGGAAAAUGGCGAGGUGUCUUUACCUACUAGAAAUUCAACGAUCAUGAAACUUUCAUCACAUGACCCGCUGAAGUCGGGCGCUGAAGCUUUGAGAACAAGCAUUGACCUGCUGAACUUUGGCAAAAAUCUCCUCGAUAUCCAACGUUUGAUGGAUGCACAUCCAGGGCUAUUACAUGGAAAGUUUCAUUUGAGCAACAAUUUAAAGAGGAAAAGGAACGAUUCCGGCGCAACAUCUAAUGAUCCACCCGUUGGUUCAACGCCUUACAGUGACAGCCGUCGCCCACGAAAAGAGGUUUUUAAAGCUCUAAAAAAGAUGCAAAAAGAAGUGUCUAGCGGCCCCAAUUGUAGCAGCCUUACCUACUGCUAUAUGUGCAAGUCAAAGUUAACCUUAGAUGACCUCUGUGACGAAUGUUGUAUUCUCAAUGGCAAAAUGAAAAGAGUGUCGUGUGAUUUAAAUGGAAGGUAUGCCAUUGUUACCGGUGGGCGAAUCAAGAUUGGAUUUGAGACGUCUCUACGCUUGCUGAGAGAUGGCUGUUUUGUAGUAAUAACCACUCGAUUCAUUGUUGACGCCACUCAAAGGUAAACUUUCUUUCUCUUACAAGCAGAGUUCGUCCCGGUCUCAUGUAAUUACCCCCUAAGGAGACAAAUGGUCAUGCAUCCUUGGUCACGCACCCUGGGUCACGCAAUUUGGGAUAUGACACCAACCAGUCAUAAAAUUGAUUGAAAUAUUAUACAGUGUAUAAUUAUAUAUUAUAUGUACAGUGUAUAAUAAUUUUUUUGGAAGUUUGUAGUCUAAAAAUUUUAAUCAAUGAAAGUGAUUGAUUGACUAUAUCAACUUUUAAAAACUAGCAAGGUUAUGCAAUUAGCAGUCACAGUGCUCACAUGUCAUGCAAGCAAAAGAGGGCAACCCUCUAUUGGGAUAUCUAACUUAAAUUAAAACCUCUUCAGAUCAUAAGUUUUGCAUUAUCCUUGCAGUGGUCUCUCACAAAAGCUCUGGCGCACAAAUCUCAAAGUAUUUAGAUAUAAAUUUCUAGUUAUUUUCCUUUGAUUUUAGGUUUAGCAAAGAGAGCGAUUUUGAUAUUUGGAAACAUAGACUGAAAAUCUACCGCCUUGAUUUGCAAGACUUGCGAUCAAUUGAAGAGUUUCUUGAGUAUGUUAAAAAGACCAUCCCUCAUUUGGACAUCUUGAUCAACAACGCAGCACAAACAAUCUUUCGACCCUUCCAAUACUAUCAAUCAUUGAUCUCUAAUGAAGUAAAGCAGUUACCAACUUUGUCAAAGGAUUCCUCCAACGUGAUGGCCUGCGAAGGUCAGACUCACAAGGAACUGGCAUUCCACGGUUCCAUUGCUCCAGUGCAUUUUACAAAUUCAACUUCCAGCCAAUCAGCUCUUCUGUGGGGAACAACAUCAGGUGAGUUCCCAGAUGGCCAAAAGGAUGAACAUGGUGAGCAGUUGGAUUUACGUCCACGCAAUAGCUGGACUUAUAAUCUGGAUGAGGUUCCUUUGCAAGAACUAUUGCAGGUAUCUUUCAAAUUGCUUUUUAUACAUCUUGAUGUUCAUGUUCAGGUCUGUUAGUGAAAUUACACUAGUUUUUAUUCCAAUGCAAUUUCCUCAUUUUGAUCGGCUGAGCUAGAUUUAUAAAGACUGUCAUAUGCCAUAAAACAGUAAAAUUGCUUGUAAUUUCUUUGCCUUUUGAGAAAUUUCUGCAAUUUGAUUGGCUUAGAGCAGUAGUAUUUCAGCUUAAUUUGAGAUACCUACAUGUGGAAAUGACAAACUGUUUGCGGGUAGCAGUAUAAACAAAUAAUAGCAUGAUUUGUACGUGAUAUUUGGCAUAAAUACCACUCAUCAUAUUUCAAAAUUGUCUCAAAUUUCACUCGCCUAACGACUCGUGACAUUACAUAUAACAAUUUUGAAAUAUCACUCGUGGUAUUUAUGCCAAAUACAGGGGCGGAUCUAGGGAAAGGGUGCAGGGGGUGCACACCCCCCAUCCCCCCCCGAGAUGACCUGUGGUUUUCUAAUACAACUGGUAUAUUUCUGCAAAAAAAAGAACUAUGUGGUUUAAUGGUGUUGAAAUAGAGCAAGAGACGAGUGCACCCCCUCCUAAAAAAAAUCCUGGAUCAGCCCCUGAACUAUCACUACAAAUCACGAUCAUGCUACUACCUAUACUAAUAUUUGUGAUACAAUAUGGACGGACACCCUUUGAGACCAGAAAAUUGUUCGCUCCAAGGAGAGGUCUCUGCCUAAGGGAGGUUCAAGCUUACUUUCAAUUUCUGUCAGUUCUGACAGCUCAAUGGGUUUGUGUUGGGAUGCCUAUCUCUUCUUUCAUUGGCUAUUACGAAGUUGCGCAGGAAACCGAGUUAAAAUUCGUCCACCAAAACAGUCCCACAGUGCAGCUCAACACUUCACUGACCCUGUCUCAAGCGCGCAACCUUAAAAUGGCCAAUUGUGACUGCACUACCUUUCUUCUCCGGCCCUCCCCCCACCUCCUCCUCCUUUAUUCUUAUUUCAGGCAGCCUUUACGAGCUGUUCACAUCCAGCCGGCGAAUUUAUCUACAGUUUAAAAACAGAGAAUUAAAAUAACAAGUCAAAUUUGUAUCAUCUGCGGUAAUAAAUUAAGAUUCGAGUGCAGUCGAGGCAUAUGAGAAAUCCUAACUUUUCGCGCAUCCUGUUUCUUAAAAUAACUUGAAAGCUGGCACUACGUAUACUUUCUUAGAAAUUAGGCCUGCCUGUCUCGAUAUGGUCCAUUCGGAGCAAACGAAGCAAGCUUGUACUUGACGAAUGGUGCAAAUAGUCGUUAAUCUUGAAGCAUGUGGUAUCGUUCUAGACUAUUGGUAGAGUUGAUCAUGCAGUUAACAUGAAAGAAAAAUCUUGUUAAACGGCAUCUUAUAAAGACGAAGUUUCAAUUAGACUUUACUUUAUUUGUUUCAAGGGUCUUCGAUCAAUUCUCUCUCUAUGUUAUUUUGUCGACUUCAACCUCUGUUUGCUCGGCUCUAGUGGAAACAACUGUUUCACAUCUUUUUCAGGUUGUAGGGAGCAUUAAUAAACCAGUACACUAAGGCCCAGUUCAGACGUCGUGUUUCUGCCGUGCGGAACUUAAUUGUAAUUUGGUUCGACUGUAGCACGGCAGGAAAACAACUUUGAUUCAGACGUCGUGCCAGAGUCGAACCAAAUUCAGGAUUUACUGAUGCCUCGUAACAAUUCUUCUCCCAACUCCCUGUGGGAACGCAAUUUCGACAAAAUAUAUUAAUGUAAUUUAUGAAUUUUGUUUAGCGCGGCAGAAGCACGACGUUUGAAUCGCUGCCUUGCCAGAGCCGUGUAGCACGGCAGCGCUUGUCGAACUUAAUUGCUUACCGAACUUAAUUCAAAAGUUUGAUUCAGACGCCGUGGUUCUGCCGUGCUUUUGUCGAACUUAAUUCCCGAAUUUAGUUCGGCACGGCAGAAGCACGACGUCUGAACUGGGCCUAAGACUUUUCAAUUAUUUUUAUUUAUGAUACUCUAGAAUUAACUCAGCUAUGGCGCUUAUAAGCAGAUCUGUCGACUCCACUUUCAGCUUUAGUUUAGUUUCUUGUAUUAAGUUUUGAGCGUUUUUUAAUUUUUAAAAACAACAAAGGUUUUUUCGCGCGCUUGCACAAGGUCUAAGUCUGAGCCUUGGGAACUUCUUCGAUUAUGAUGCGAGAGACGGAAUUCCAACCUGUAUAUGCAUCGACGCUUCCGGAAUAUCCGACACAGUUACCGACGCUAAAUCCAACUCGCACCCUCCCUUGGUGAAUGUUGUUACAGUGUCCCUCGAUUUGACGGACCCGGUGAGGAUUUUCAUUUUUGAUGCUUAAGUAGAUAACGCCGUCGAUGGGGAGUGGACCUGAGCAUUCGGCGCCAUUGAAAGUGAAGUACCACCGCUUGCAACAGUUUACACAACCAGCUAUUCUUAAAGCACCAACCCAGACCACUCGAAGAGCUGUUUCAGAGAAGUUUUUGGUAAACAAACAUUCCUGCGUGAUAAAAAAAAAAAAAAAAGAUUGUUCAAAGAUAUUGAUUAUACCUCAAAGUUGUGAUCAACCAAAAGGUAGUAUUUGAUUAAGAGGAAAAUUGGUAAAAUCUUUAUUACAAAACCUUGAUUAAAAUCCUAUUUACAAUCAACCUGCUGUUGCAAAAAAUCUAAUCAAUUCAUCAAAACACUAUCUACAAUUCGUUAAUUAGAGAACAAAAACAAUCCUAUAUCCUAUAUUUGAUUUGCAUGCCUCUGUUGAUCUUGAUACAAAUCAAGUGGGAUGACAAAUUAUAAAAAGGAGAUGAACCAUUUGAAACUAUUGGCCAGCUAUUAGAAUUCACUUCACUUAUCGUUUCAUUUCUAUACAAUAUUCGGGCCCAAUUUGUAUGGACAUUUAGAAUGGCUCGCUUUCGUCUCACCAUUGUAAAUACUCAUGCAUAUCUGCUGUAUUCCUGUAUGUGCUCAAGCAAACAAGAAAAGGACUGGCAAAAAGGAAAUAAUUCAGAAGGUCAGCAAGGGUGGCAAAGUGGUGAGAGCAUUCGCCUCAGACCAAUGCGGCCUAGAUUCGAACCCCUCUGAAGUGGCGCCAAGGCAUGUUUUGCUUAAGUUUGUUUUUGGUUUCCACCCUUGCCCUGAGAGGUUUUUCUCAGACACUUCGGUUUUCUCCUGUCCUCAAAAACGAACAACUUCAAAUUCAAUUCGAUUCGGAAUUGCUGACGAAAAACCACAGUGUACAUUCGCCAAUACUAAGUUGAUUUAUCUGUUUAUGUAUGAGGAUUUAUCUAUUAAUUAUUUUUUUUAUUUGUCUAUCUUACUGCUUUUAUUACCUCUACUUCGAUAAACGGUAAAGGACAGUUUCAGGAUGUAGGUGAUUACUUUGAAUAUGACUAACGACAACUUGCCAUUUAUGCAAAUUUUUUCGCAAAAUAGGUUUUUUUUUCUGAAAGGGAGAGGGGAGGGGGGCAGAUACUCGAGUGACACCAACAUGCCAUAGACACCAUCACCAUAGAUGAUCAUAACACAGACCUUGAUUAACCCAUUGUCUCUGUCAUCGUUCACGUUUUUCCAAGCACACUCUUUCCAGUUCUUGAAAGGCAUCAUACCGGGAUUUCCAGGCUCUCCGCGCUCCCCCUUUUGACCGGGAGGACCCUGGGCGCCAAGCUCUCCCUUAGCACCAUCCUUUCCAGUUGCACCAGCAGGACCUAUGACACCAGGAAGACCCUGGGGGCCAGCAUUCCCCGCAAUUCCCUGGUCUCCUUUAGCUCCGUCUCGUCCGUCACGGCCGUCGCGGCCUGGUGGCCCAGGCGUACCUGGCUUGCCAUGCAUGCCUGGAAUGCCGCCAUAACAUAGGCGAGUAGACUGGUGAUACAAUUAAAAAGAGUGAAACGGAUCGAACCCUCAUUACACAAAUAUAUGUUUUAUUUAUCUCUUUAUAACGCUAUUGUUUAAGGAAGCUUCCCAUAACAACUGCGGGAAUCUGCCAUCGCAGAAAUUGCUGUAAAGAUCUGCAAUAUGUACAUUGUUAUCCAACACUUACACAAGUCUGGCCUGUUUUGCUGCUACCGUCAAGGUUCGCACAGAAUGUAGUCAUACUUGUUAAUAAUAACGGGUACAAACACAAAACUGAGGUCACUUGAGUUCUCGCCAUCGAUGCUCAGUUGCCUAACGAUAAAUGAGACAAAAAAAACGAGGUACUAGUUGAGUGGAAUGCACUGUAUUGGAACACCCGUAAAGGACAGCUGCCCCUUGGAACUGUUCAUAGCAAAAGGCCAGGUCAUGCGCGAUUAACUGGUUACUCGGGCUGGUUCACGCUCCAUAAAAUCAGGUAGAUUUUUGGCUAAAAAAUGCAGUCAAGCUUUUCUUCUUCAGGACAGUUUUCGUGGCACCCUAGAGGCUAAGCUUCAUAUAAUUCCUACCUAGGCAAAUCGAGAAAUGUAAUCGUGACUGUUUUUUCUGUUAUUAUUUUUUUUUCGUAUGUAGAGCUUGCUUAGAUUGAUAUUGGCUUUUGAGGUAAUCAAAUAAUCGAUCGAUUUUUGUAGAUAAUUUUACAGGCGGCUUAGAGGCCUCUAUUUUAUCGGUGUAGUGGAUUAUACGGGGGUUACUAUAGAUUUUUUAAAAGAAGGGGUGGGGGAGGGUGUCACACCGUGAUAUACCCAGGCCACUUAAGAGAUUGUUAUGUCAAAAUCCAUAUUUGUUUAACUAAAACUGACAUUUUUUGGACGUUCAGUGAGCGUGGGAGAAGGACAAGCCUGCACAAUAGCUGCAUAGUGUUUAGAUGAGUCGUGUGGCAAGAAGGAACGGAUAUGUCGUCUCUAUAAACUAAAUUUAGCCCAUACAAGAACCGCUGACGAAAGUACCGUGAUCAGUCUAUAACACAUUUCUAGCGUUUUUGUGGAAAUAAGAAAGAGAUGCCCCCCUCCCUCCCUCCCUCCCUCCCCCAGCUACGCCCCUGGAAUUUUUGAACUCUGAUGUUGAACUUUGAGCGUAUAUUUACAAGAAGAUCGGUAGAAAGAAAACUCUUAAAAAGAAAUUAAAUUAAUACAGUAAGCUAGGGCAAUGCUAGAGAAAUCGAAGACUAUACGCUUCAGCUGGGAUAAUUGGGUUACUCCCAUGAACUGUGCUCGUAAAUCACAAUGCUGAAGCAUGACAAUAUCUGCCAAUAUUUGCUUCAAGAAAAGUCUUGCCCCCGUUAAGUUGUUUUGGAAUGUGUACUAAUCGUUUGCCGACGUUUGCACGCAGUUAAGGCAGCUGUUUUAAAUAAACCUCACAUCUGCCCUCUUCUCUCGUCGUUGAUUUAUACUACUGCAGACUACAGUACGGUCUGUUCAUGCCGCAGUGCCUCGUUUAAUAAAAAUGGAAGGCUAGGCUCAAAGCAAGAAAUGAUUACCUGUGCAAGUUACUUAAUAAGUGCUUAAGUUUCAAAUUUAUCAGUAAGGUGUAUUUGACACCCUGACGCUAAGUCACUUACCCUUGUCUUGUCUUGAUAACUUACCGUUGUGGUUCCUUUGGCUUCGCAAUGUAGCUUGCUUGAGGUGAAACAGUGGAAUGGCACUGCUGACACACCCUAUUAUAGUUCAAUUGACCAAUUAGAUAGUGACAGCGGCACAAAACGACAACGCCAAUACUGCAGGUUAUUUUGACUCGUUAACAGUCGCCCACGUGACGCGCAUGGCGGGAACAGGGAGUGGUCCACUGAUAGGCGACUGGUGAUGAGUCUUGCAGGUAUUGGCUCAGUACUAGUAGUGGGGCAUUUUGUUUUGCUGAACCGAUGCGAAAGUCAGUGGAUAAAAUAAACUAAGACCAUGAUCAUGAUUUUUCAAUAUACGGUCAAAUAUAAACGAACUAUUCUUAGAAAUAAGUUCUUAGUGUAGUGGAUACGAGGUUUCAAGAGAGCACUUAAAUCGAGAACGCUUUAUUACUGAUAACGUUGGAUAAAUGUAAAAACAUAAAGCUUACUGCAACUUGUCUCGCAUUUUAAAUAAUUCCAUAUGAUUCUCAUGCACUUUGGAAUAAAUAAGCAUUUGCAAAUUGAUUAAAUACCGCAAAUUCUGUCAGUUACUCUUCCUUCUUUAUUCCAAAUUGCACUCGACAUUAAGUGCAGGGUAAUUUGCAUGUAGAGAACGACAGUGAGAAGUGAUACGAGUUCUAGUUUGUGAAAAAAAAACCUUUGACAUUAAGAUGCAAUUUUCUCUAAAUUCAGUAGAGAAAAAUGAAAAUUCUGCGCAGAAAAAUAUACAAUUAUAAGUAUAUCUGUCUGAACUCGUUAAAACGUGGCAAAUAGGUUUUCGCCUAGCGCCGGAAGCCAGUUUGGUCUUCAGAAAUUGGGAAGGCUUGCCGUCUUGGUCGGCACAGGCAGAUAGCCCAGGGUCAACCCUAACAGUGGAUGGGUAGGGGGUCUAUUUUGACACAAACCUUUCAGUAAGGAGCAGUGUUUACCAGAGGCUUUGACUGGCAAGUACCUUUUCAGUUCCCCUUUGCCUCAAACAGCACAAUCAGGCCUCUGCUGACAAUAAUUAUCACGAUAAUUGUAGAGCUCAGGGAGAUGCGCGGACAGCCACCCAGUCUCUUGGUUGGUGAGAUUGGAUUCUUGGUACCCAGGACAUACUUAGCUGAGGACCUGUAGCGGCUCAUUGACGCCAUGUUUACAUAUGUUCAGUCAGAUAUAUAUUUAUAAGAACACGAUUUGAGUCCUAUUCUUUGCACCGUUUCCCAAAAAUGCAUUUUUCUAUAUGAGAAAGGAGAAAUUUUGUCAUGAAUAAGACUUGGGUGCUGGAGUCCUUUUUAGUACUUGAAUAUUGAUGCGAUCUCAACAACUGUCAAUGACUACUGCACCCUGCGAGCAUAUCCUCUUUUUGUUUUCUUGAGUGAGAAGGAAAAAAGGAGACUCUUCCUGAAUCGCCGCAGCCCAAACUUCUGGAUAGUCAAUCUUGUUCUCUCUCGUCAAAACGGUUAUUUCGAGUGCGAGUAUCCUUCUAUUGAUAAACCGCUGUACUAGGUUCACGGCUAUAAGGCCUGGGUUCGAAACUUGUAUUCUAGCAACAUGUAGCGCAUGCUCAACAAAGAUCUCACGCGAAUCAUGCAGUGUCUUUCUUGCAUGUGUACGCCAAAAUUGAAAGGCUUUGCUGGCAGGGUGUGACUGCUGAUACAAAGGCGAAGUAUCAAUUAAGAUGUUACUUUCUCAUGGCUUGCAGGUUCUGACUAUCAAUGCAGUGGGACCUUUUAUUCUAACGGCAAAACUCAAACCACUUCUGAAACAAAGUCCUUUCGAGCGCAAGUUCGUCGUGAAUGUGUCUGCCAUGGAAGGUCAGUUUUCUCGUGUAUCGAAAGGACAUCGCCACCCUCACACCAACAUGGCGAAAGCUGCCCUGAAUAUGAUGACACGAACAAGUGGGUUGGAGUACCAAAUGGAUGGAAUAUAUAUGACAGCUGUGGAUACUGGCUGGGUAACGGAUGAACGACCAUUUUAUCAAUCUAAGUAAGCAUUUGUUAGCUGCUAACAGUGCACCACGAGGGGAGGGGCUGGAGAAAGGAAUCAUCGGCCUCGUUCCCACGAAUUUUCCGUUAAAACAUGACGGGGGAGGCGGCACUUAGUCUCGCCUCUCCCUUCUUCUAAGGGAAAUCGCCUGGGCCCGGUUCCUCGAAAGAUGGUUAAGUUUAACCUCUCGUCUAAGAACAUGCAACUCGAGCCUACUCGGCCUUACAAAAUACUGUUGAGCCUUUUUUGGGCAAAUCUUCUCUAAAAGAGUAAAAAUACUUACCAAUACAAAUUUGGUAGCGUCAAGGCAUAUUAUAAAGGAAACGGCCAUAGUUCCGGUUGACGUACGUCGCUCAAAAACGUCUCAGUUGCUUAUGCUCCCUAAUGCGUCAACAAUUUUUUUUGCCGAUUGCAGGUCCGCAAGGCUUCCAGAUUAGGCUCCCCUUCCUUAUCACAAUGUCUGGAUGAUCUCUAUAACUGGUUCUACAAAUGUUGGACGAAUCUUAUGGAGCAAAAUUGGAAUAGUUUUAAGGGGCUAAAGCUCUGAUCAUACCCGUGCCUUAAAGAAAUAUUCCCUUGGUAGCGUAGGCUACAGAUAGCUUUUUGAAUGACUUGGGUAAACGGUCCCAGAUUACCUUAUACGAGUAAUGAACAAAUCUUGAACCAAAAUUGGCAUGGUGCUUUAGCGAAGCGGCUGUGACUUAAAUCAUGUCCCCCCCGGGAAUAGAGAAAAAUUCCCAUUAGCUUUAUGGCAACAGUUCUCACCGUUUCGUUAUUCUUUCAAGGCAUGAAGCAGACGCAAAGGGAUUCAAACCGCCUCUUGAUUGCAAGGAUGGUGCUGCCAGAGUGUAUCACCCAAUUGUUCAUGGUCUAGACCCCAGCAAUUCUCCCUACUUUGCUGUCUUUUUAAAAGACUUCAGUCCUCACAACUGGUAA